AACUGUUAAAGCUGAAAGAACCAUGAAUGAUCUUUUAUUCUGAAGGUUCUAAUGAAGUGUGACCAGGUGUUUGUUUGUUUGUUUGUUUGUUUGUUUGUUGUUUACAGUCCACGUCCUGCACGCACUCAGGGGAAAGUUGACGUUGGUGACGUGACGGUGCGCACGUUUCUGUGAAUGCACGCGCUCUGCUGUCACCACGUCGUCCUCUGCGGGGGGCGGGGGGCUCCUCACUAUACAAGCCGCCCCGCACCGGGACACACGCGGACUCCGGACCGGCAAGCAGGGCACUAAUGUCCCGCUCACUGCUCCAGAUCCACACCGGGGGACACUCGCCGUCCCCCGGGCAGUCUGCGGAAAACGGGCUGGAGGAUGAAGAGGAGGAGGACGAUGAGGAAGAUCUGGAUGACGAGGUGGACGCUUCACAGCUGGAGAGAUUCAUGAGGGACAGGAGGAGAGCCCAGUCCCUGCCCGCAUACCCGGCGGCGCUCCUGGACGAGGACUCCGGCGGUGACGGGAGGAAGCGGGUGAAGUUCGCAGACUCGAUGGGUCUGAACCUGGCCAGCGUCAAACACUUCAGUUCGCUGGAGGAGCCGCAGAUCCCGAGCAAAGUUCUGUCCAGACACAAGAGCUUCCCGCCGCAGCAGGACUUACUGAACGACCUGUGCCAGAGCUUCAAGUCCAGCCUGGACACGGACCGGCUGGUCUCGUGCUUCCCAGAGCCUCGAGAGGCGGAGCGGAGAGUCCAGCGGCUCGGCGUGUGUCUGGAGAAGGUCACCAUCACGCAGUUCGACGUGCGGGGGCAGAUCCGGGUCUUCACCGGCUGCACCGACAAAGAGGUCGGGGUGAGGUACACCUUCAACGACUGGCUCUCCCACGUGGACGCGCAGGCUCUGCCCGUGGCCGUGGAUCAGCCGGGCUUCGUGGGGGAGCAGUUCACCUUCACCGUGUACACGCCGCCCUUCAUGGACCCCAGCUCAGCCGUGCACUUCGCCGUGUACCUGAGGAGCAAGGAGGGGGAGUUCUGGGACAACAACGAGGGGCAGAACUACACCCUCAGGUACCGCUGCAUGCCCAACACCACGCCCUUUGUCAGUGCCGCAUUCCACGCUGUGUGAUCGGUGCGUAAAACCUACAGAUCUGUGCGUAAAACCUACAGAUCUGUGCGUAAAACCUACAGAUCUGUGCGUAAAGCUCUCCAUCUGCGCCUUCUGUUGAAAAAAAUCUUUAGAUGUGCAGCUGCUGUUUUCCAUCUGCUCACUAAACGUUUCAUCUGUGUGAUUCUGUAUUUUGAGAUCAGAGAACUUGUUUCAUGUCAGUCAGAGGAUCUGAAUCUUCCGGAGAGACCACACGGAUGUGGCUCAGGUUUUCUCUGUGAUUUCCUUCUUUGGUUAAGCAGCUUCAGCAGCACCUGCUAGAUGUGUUUCACAUCACAACUGACAUUUAUGGAUAUUUUUCUGACCUCCACUCAAACUGAUGGACUUUCUCAGAGGAAACAAACAGACUGCUUCUGUUCUGACUUUAAGGAAAACGUGCAUCAGUGUCAACAAUCUUUUUUGGACCUGCUGUCAAUCAGAAAUACAAGAUUCUCUGUCUCACUGCUGUCAGACUCACACUGCUGAUAAGAUAAAUGUGUGAUCUUUAUUUUUACAAACUUGCUGCUCUCGUCCGUUUUCUCAUUGAGCUUUGAAGGAUCAGAAAAGUUUACAAAAGCUGCGACAGUCUGAUGCUCUGAGUUAUUCUGACUUCACAUCUGCUCUGUAGGUUUCUGUAUGAAAAUCAGUUUCUCAGUGACUCUUGAAACUUGUUUGAGCAUCAAGUCUAGUUUCAUGCUGACUGAUGUCCACACUGCAUUACCUCAUAACUGACGCUCGCUCUGAUGCAUCACACACACCAACUCUGAUGACCUCCUCAUUUAUUCAGGACGCAGCCAAUCAAAGUAUGUCGAUCAGUGUUUCCUCAGAAGUUACUGAGUUUACUGUCAGAGGAGGAAAGGCAGCAGAAAGUAUUCACACUUAAGAAGCUGAAAUCAGGAAAGUUUUGAGCUAAUUUUCAGUGAAUACAGAAACAAAUGGAAUAAAUGGGCUGAAACUGUUUUAAAAUGACUUGAAUACAGCUGAAUGUUUUGCAAACUGAUGAUCUGUGAUGUUCAGCAGAUGUGAUUUAAAGACGUUCAACCAAAUCAUGUGAAACUUCUGACAUUUAUGAUCCUUUAAAUCUAAACUGCUGCCAGAAAACUUGAGAUUUAUCAGAUUAAUUCUCAAAUGAAAUCUUUUUUUUUAUGUAUCAAGAUGCUCUGCAGUUAAAAUCAUAAUAAUAAAAAAUAAGAACAUAGGGUUGAAUGUUUUGAAGAGAUGUGGAAAGAUUACAAGGAGGUAAUUUAACGAAGAUGUUUUACAUCUAGGAUGAAGUUUUUGUCAAAGUGAUCUAAAUGAAUAAAAGCUGAUUUAAACCAACAGAGUGACAUCA